CGCUUCAGAGAGACGCCGCCAMAGCUCGUUCGCAGGGCAGUCGCGCGCAGUCGGCGCCCGCAAAUAGGCAACGCAUAAUUUGGGAUUAUAAUUGGAGCUGUUUGGCAGCCGAGUUGACAGUUAGUUUAUUUAUUUAUUUUCGUUUCGCUGCUGUUGUUGUUGCUGCUGCUGUUGUUGGUGUUGCCGUUAUUUGGUGAAGAAAGCAUGCGAGCAGAACAAUAGCGCUGCAAUAUGGAGAUGUCGGGCUAUCAGGAUAUAAGCGCACUCGAAAAAUCGGUGGCCAAUGCUGGCAGCCAGCUGUAUACGAUGGCCCACAAACUGCACGCCGUGGAGCGCAGCCUGGACCAGACGGCCAUGGAGCAGAUGGACGAAAUGGAGGUGAUGGAGCUGCUCGAGUCGAUGACCGAGGUGAAGAACGAGUACCAGAAUCUGCGCAAGGACAUACAGGAGGUGCAGCAGCUGCAGCGUGACGUCAGCACGUCCAUACGCUACCAGAUGACCAACAUGCAGCAGACAUUCCAAAUGCUGAAGAAACGCAUUGCCAGCACACAGCAGAGGCGUCGCCAUCCACGGGAUCAGCUGCCGGGCCCAGCCCCAGUUGCGGCCCAUCCCCACUGAGGCAAAGCAAACGGUGUGCAAUGUACAUGUGCAUGUGUGUGUGUGUGUGUGUGUGUGUGUGUUAGUGGGUGUGGUAUAGUAUGGAUGUAGUGUGUGGCGUAGUGUAGUGUUGUAGAGGCCGUAGCUUUUGACCUUUGCAGACUAUUUAUGAAUUUUAUAUGAUUUUGUUGAUUAUUGAUUUUGCUUGGGUUAAUUCAACGGAAAUCAAAAUGGAGCAAAAAAAAAAAAACAGUCCGAUAUUAACACAAUAUUUAGAAUUAAAUGCAAAUAUCCUGUGGAGCGGAGGGGCGCGGGGUGGGUGGGGUUUAACCUGUUGCAAUACACAAAAACACCUAUGGAAAUCGUGUCAAAUUGUGGAUGUAUUCCCUAUAACUAACUGAUAACAUUUUUUUUACUGUCAUAUGUCUAAGCAAUCAAAUUAACACAUAACAAUAUAUCAAGAGGCAACAGCUACGCUUUUUUUUUUUUUUUUUAAUAUAUAUACACAAUACAAAUCUUAACU